UCUUUCUUGUUUCUCAAGGAAUCGAGAUUUUCAUCGGAGAUCGGAGAUCGAUCGGCGAAAUUCGAAGGAUGGAGAUGGAGAUGGAGGAGUACUUGAAGAACAUGAGGAGCUUGAGAUCGCAGAUGAAUGACAUUGAGGAGGAGGCGGCGAAGAGAUCGGUGCAGGAGCAGAUGCAGAUGACCGCCAUUGAUGCCAUGGAGAAGGAUCUCGAGCUCGUGAAAUUGGAAACAAAGCGAUUGAGCGAGGAGGCUGAGGAGCUGGUCAGAGCCAAAGAACAACUAUGCUUUCAACUGGUUAAGAGGGAGGAGAAGAUAAGGUCAUUGGAAACUGAAUUGUCCACCCUUUCACAGACGUUGGAGCUUCUUCAACAAGAAAAGCUUUGCGUUGCAGCAAAAUUUGAAGAGAAAAGGAAUUAUUACACAAAAACCUUUGAGGAUUUAGAUGCCAAACAACAGGAGCGACAGGACUGGUUCCAUAAGCAUAAAAUUUCAAUUACCCAAUUGGUAGAGGAUGCAACCGAAAAGGAAAUGGAAUGCACUGAAGGUAGCCCAAUCAAUAUGACGCUUGCCACUAGUGUGAAACUGGACGACAUGGGAGAAGAGAUAAGUGAAAAUUACAAUGAUCUGUUGGUUCAAAUGGAACGUGCGAAGGCUGAACUAGAUGAAUUAAAAGCAAAGAAAUCUGAAAUUGAACUGGCAAGUAACAAGUCCAAGCAGCAAUUUGAACAAUUCAUCAAUAAACUAAACACUGUUCCACUGGAAGUAAAAGAAAUGGACAUGAAAUCCUUGGAAGAAGAACACAAAGCUUUGUUAGCUGAUAAAGCUGGAGAAACAGAAUACCUGCACUCACUUCAGGCUCAGAUUAAUCAAUUGAAGGCCAUAUCUCAUGCUGUUAAGUGUCCAUGCGGCGAGGAGUACACAGUUAAUUUGAUGGAUUAACAGUGGUUAUUAUUCAUAAACCUGGAGGAAUGUUGUUCUUUGUUGUGAUUAAGUUUAGACCUGGUACUUUUUUGGUCUCUGAUUUAGUCCUUCCAUGUUUGUUUGUCUGAUGAUGCGUUUCACAUUCAU